AUGGUCAAGUCGAGCAUUGUCGUCCCUCCGCAAGCUACCAUUCCAUCAGACGAGCGUAAACGACCUUUGGAUCAACCGUCAUCGGGCGAAGGAUCGUCUUCCGCUCCUAACGAAGACGGAGAGGCGAAACGCCCACGAUUAGAUCUUAGUGCAGCCGGUAAAAAACGUGGUCAGCGGUUAUUUGGUGUUCUGCUUGGUACGCUCAAUAAAUUCAAAGACGACAAUGAACAAAUGUCAGAAACAGAAAAAAGACGACAGGAGAUUAACCAAAAGUUACGGGAGAGAUUGGCUCAAGAAAAAGAAGAGACAGCAAAGAGACUACAAGCAGAGCGUGAAGCAAAAGAGGUCGAAAAGCGAAGGUUACUGAAACAGCGUGAAGAAGAAAGAGAAUUUAAGGCUUUAUUACAAAAGGAACACCUUGCCAAUUUUAUUCAGACUAGAGCCACACCAUCAUUAUGUUACAGACCCAAUGAAAUCCCUGUGAAGUUGCUCCGGAUCAUUGAUCAGCAAGUCGAGGACGCGCGAAAGGAACGGGUUGCUUUUGAGGAACGUCGACAACAGCGAAGGAACUCGGAAGCGGAGCCGUCAACGUUGGAUUCAGCGGAAGUGGACACUGAUACAACACCUGCAGAGACAAGCGAGGAAAAGAAGCCAAGUGAUGUUAGUUCAACCGGUGCCCAAGAAGAACGGUGA